GUUUUGACAUUUCAAACUUGAAUCAUCUUGUUCGGCAUCUGUCAAUGUCAACAACCAUGAUUCGGUAUAGUUUUCUGUACUAACCACGGUUUCAUGGAACAACAACAAUAAAUUGAAAUUGGAUAAGAAGAACGAAGCAGAAUUUUUGGUAUUGAAGGGAGAAAAAAAGUCGUGCAAAUCAAGGAGAUAGCGGUGAAUUUAACUGAAUUAGCAUAAGCCAUAGCAAAAAGCCGACACACAUUGAAGUGAGAAUGAUUUGAAAGGAGGUGCAUUAUAUUCAGAAGUUAAAGCAUCAUCACGAGGAAAAUAACUAGUUAGCCUAAACAUUUUGCAGUUCCACACUGACUGCGACAAAAACAUACACACACAAAAUGGACGACCUAAACCCAUUGGCUGGCACCGCACACUUGCUGGAAGAAGUUGACAAAAAAUUAAUGGUACUUUUACGUGAUGGUCGAACAUUGAUUGGAUACCUGCGAUCGGUGGAUCAAUUUGCAAAUUUGGUGCUGCACAAAACCAUCGAACGGAUUCACGUGGGUACGGAAUACGGUGACAUUGAACGAGGCAUCUUCAUAAUUCGUGGUGAAAAUGUGGUGCUGCUCGGCGAAAUCGAUCGUGAUAAGGAGAAAAAUUUGCCGCUCAAAGAAGUGUCGGUCGAAGACAUAUUGGAUUCACAACGACGAGAACAAGAACAACGCUACGAAAAACAUCGUCUCAUCUCAAAGGCUCUCAAAGAACGUGGUCUGAAUGUCAACACCGAACUAACACACGAAGAAUACUGAAUUUUGUUCUCAUUCUCAUUUUUACCAUUCUUAUUUUUGCUUUAAAAAAAGCAGCCACAUCAAUUUGAAUCACUUGGUGGUGGCUUCUACAUGUCGUCAACCUAAAUUUGAUCUUUGCUGCACGAUAUUCGUGACACUGACGUCGAGUCCAAAUGUCGACCAUUUUCAUUUUUCUUCUUCUUAGGGACGAUUUAUUAAAAUACUUUUUUUUCUCGUGUAUGGAAUAAAGUGAACUUAAUGAAAUUUAAUGUAAAUAAAAUUCGAAUUCCCAUCUUGACAACA